AUGGAAUAAAUAAUUUAGAAUGAUAAUUUAGUGUUGUUACAAUAAAAAAUAUUAAGCUAUCCAAAAACUAAUGAAGAUCUUAAAGUACUUCUAUUCUAUAUAUUAAGACAAUGGCAUCUAUAAUAAAAGUCACAUAAAUUUUCAACAAAUUGAAUGAUAUCUAUCACCAACAAUUAUCAUAAGAAGGAUAAAUCAAAGUAUAUUGAUAUGAUAUAUAAAGCUUUGUAAUUAUAUAGAACUUACAAGUUAUUAACUUGGUGAUUAAGUGUUACCAAGUCAAAAGUUUGCAGUAUAACUAAUUCUAAAAGGAUAAGUUGAAGUUUAUUAUUUGGAAGAAGGUUAUAUCUAUAAAAAUGAAAAAUAUCUCACAACAUUAAAUCCGUUAUUUUAUAUUGAAGAGGACUUUUAAUUCGAUAAAAUUAAAUAUUAGCAAAAUCAACUUAUUUAUAAAGUAGCAAUCAAUAAUUCAAUUUUACUGAUGAUUGAUAAAAAAGAAUGUGAUGAAAUUUUUAAAUAUUAUGGAGAAAUAUUUUUGUUUAAACACAGAACUUUAUGUAAAAUAAUACCAGGUUUAGGAGAAUUGAAUUCUAAACGAAUAUUGGAGUCUCUAACCAAUUAAUUUGAAAAUAUUAUUCUUCCUCAUAAUACUAAUAUUACUGAGUAUUAUAUACAAUUUAUUUAUUUAAGGGAAAAUUAAAUAGGAGAAAAUCUCUUUUUUUUAGCAUAAGGUCAUAUUUCAUUUCAGAAGAAUAAAGAACACUUAUUUAAUAUAGAAGAGAAUGGAAUAAUAGGAGAUGAAUUAUUAAUUGAUCCUGAUUAAGAUUAAAAUAGUGUUUAAACUUAUUACUAUACUGUAAUUGCUAAGUCAGCAUAAGUUCUACUAUAUAAAAUUAAACUUAAGAUCUUUACACGUCUCUUUCCAAAUUCAAUAAUUAGAUAAAUUAUUGUAUAAUAUAAAUGUAAUAAAACUUUUAUGAUUUAUAGAAAAAUAAUUGAUGAGACUACUUGUAGGAAGUAAACCUAUUGAUCAUAAAAAAUGUAAUACUUCACCAAAUAAUCAAAUUAAAAAAUCUAAAUCUACUUUAAUUUUAACUAAAGAUUCUAUAAAAGCUUAUGAUCAUGUAGACAUAGUAUUCUAAUAAUAUUAAGUAUAAAUCCUAAACCUAUUAGGUACCUAAACAUAGUAGAGUAUUAAAAUUUAAUAACAAUUUGUUGGAUAAAUUCAAUAAAAAAUAUAAAAAAGCAGGAAAAAAAAUUACAAUUAAUGAAUUUGUGUAAUAAACAAAAUAAAGUGAUGAACCUUAAAUGAAAUUAUUAGAAAGAGUUGAGAAUCCAUAUAAUUUUGCCUCAAAUGUUAAUACAGAAGGAUUUCUAAAGAAAUAUUAUUCAAAUCUAAUUAGAAUUGGAUUAGUAAAGCCUCCUUUAAGAAUAGCUCCUUAAAAUUAAGAAGCUAUUCAAAGAUCAAGAGUAAUUUCAGCUAUGAAAUUAAUUGAACAUACUCAUGAUUAAUUGAAGCCAAAAAGAGCUACAAGUGCUGCCUUUGGAAAAGUAGAUCCUUUACUUACAAUCAAUGCUUUAGUGUCUACUAAAGAGAGUGAUAUGAAUGUUAGUGCUUAAAAGCAUUUUGAAAAGAAUAAAACAAUGACUACUUUCUAUCCAACACCUAGAACAUAAUCAUAACCAUAAUUAGGCUAUCAUAAUAAUGUCACUCCUAGGUAUUCGUCUGUGAUAGAAACACCUAAAUGUGAUACUCCAUAAUCAAGAUCAACAAUGGCAAAAUCAUCAUAACUGGUUUUUAGACCAUAUUCUGGAUUCAUGGAUCAUACUUCACGUUUGUCCUAAUAAUCAGAAAUAAAUAAAAGAUUAAAGAAGCCAAAUCAACAUAUUUUUUGA